UGCCACUAGACUUUAAGAAAACGGCAAUGAAGAUGAUGACCACAUGCUUAAAAAAAGGUUACCAUCCACCCAUCCUAAAGGCCCAUAUGUUUAACAGUUCUUUCCACAAACCAGAGAACAUGUCAACUGGAAACCCUAUGUUUCUACUUCCUUCCCUUCUUUCUUCGAUCCCCUCUCUCCCUGUCUUCACCUGGAAGUCUAACGACACAGAACCACCAUUGAACAUCACAGACAAAAUGUGCAACUCUUCAAGUCUGCCGCAGUUGAUCAGCUACAUGUGGAACACCACGGAAAGUACAAACUGUUUCAUGCGAGCAUUCUUGGCUUCUGUCUCCUGGGUGGCCAUUGAACAGAACGCUACUCAGUUUAAUCCAGAACAGCUCCAAAAGCUUUUGUGGGCAGCUAAGCCUUUCCUAGAAACAUCACCUCCUUCUCUAAUGCUGCCGCAGACGCUGCACGGCCCUCAGCUUGGCGAUAUGAUGCUGACAUUGAAUGAGGUCUUCAUCUCGCUUUCAGAAGGCCAAAGGAAUGAUAUCAGGCAGUGGAUGAAAAACAGAGUCACUGAAAAUGAUCCCAGCUGUGCUCCAGUUCGUAACCUUGUUGGUAUUCCCAGUCUGGAAAUGCCAGCAGAACAUGAAAUGCACAAUUCUUCAGUUCCUGGCUGUCAGCCCAAAACACCUUGGCUGAAGGCUGAUGUGCUGAGGAUGAUGGGACGUUUCAUUUCACGACUGCCUGAGGCAGAAGUCAGGGGAAUUCCCUCAGUAGAGUUGUGUAAGUUCUUCCAGUCUCCUGAGUUCUCGUUUUCAUUCAGUAAUGUUAGCGGGAUGCAGAGUGAGACUGCCCAGACACUAAUGCAACGACUCAAGCAAGAGUGUUUUAAUGGAACCAAGAACUUCCCCAACCACAUGGACAGACUUGGACAUCUUGUCUGUUUCUAUGAUGAACUUCAGUCUCUAAACACGACAGUAGUUAAAAGGCUACUCCCUAAGCUGGGGUGCUGUGAACAGACUGGGACUGUUGAGAUGAAGAAGCAGUUGGUGAGGAAGAUGAUGUCAGACGGUGAGUCUCUCACUUCUGAGAUGUUGGGCUCUCUGGGCACCGGGAUGUCGGUCCUCUCUCCUUCCAUGCUGUCCAGUAUCAGCAGAGACACUCUUCACAGCACUAUGUCCAGCUUGCUUCAGACAGAAUGGAAGCCAGCUCAGGCAAAAGUCCUGGCCCAGAAAUUAUUGAGCAAGGACAUCACUGGUGAGACAUUGAUGUCCCUGGGCUCGAUGGUGAGAGGUGUAGACACCGACCUGCUCAAGAAUGUCAAGGCAAAAGGCCUGCUAGGAAAUGAAGGCUUGAAAAAUAUAAGUGUGAUGAUGUCUUCUUUGCAAAAAAAGGCUUUGCUUGUAGGGAUGCGUGCUGAUGUGAAUGCAAGUUAUUUGGUGAAGGAAAUUCCAGAUGCCCUUAUCGCCUCACUCCCUCUCUCCAUGCUUGACAAAGCAAACCUUAAUUCCUUAGAUCAGCUGGAUGGCCGCAGCUGGUCCAGAGUACAAUCGGUUUACCUUUUGAAGAAGACUGUGGGUAACGGGCUCAAACUUGACCAGAUAAGAAAGCUGGGCCAGACAGUCCAGGGCGUGACCUGUGGCAUGAUCGAUUACAUUGCUCAGAGUGAUAUCUUGGAAUCAACUCAAACACUUGCCAAGUCUUCUAACUUGCUCUCUAAGACACAGGUGCACUGCAUGGCUAGCAAACUCUUCCAGAGUCUGGAGAAGCAAAGACCCAAAUAUUUCACAAACAUCAGCAAAUCAGAGUUCCAGGCCAUUCCAGCUCUGCUCAUUAUCCACCUACCGGUACAGGUGAUUCAGGGUCUCCAAUCCUCCAUGUGUCCUUAUUUCCUGGAGAAGAUGAGUCAAGCCAACCUCUCAUCCCUACCGAACAGUGCCUCAUCACGCCGGGAACUUAGAAAUAAAGCCCUCAGCUGCCUGGGGAAGAACGCAUCUGCAGUGUCUGCAGCCGAUAUCACAUCUCUGGGUCCACUUGUGUGUGAACUGGACCCGACCUGGAUCUCCUCUCUGAAACCUGAUGCUCUGAACGUCACCGUGAAGACGCUGACGUCUUGCCGAUACAUUCCCCAGGCUUCCAGAGGACCUCUGUUCAAUGUGCUCACAAACUUCUAUGGGGCCCCAUCUAAUUGGUCAGGGGAUGUCAUAAGGUCAUUGGGUCCUCUCCUCUUACUGAAUGAUGCUGCCCUUGACGCAUUGCCUUCUACGACCUGGCUGAUGAAAUCUUUGUCAGAUCUUCAAAGCACCGUUCAGGCUCAGGUGGCAGGUCUGGUCCCAGCGGAGUUCCGUGCCUGGCCGGAUCUUUCAGCCCUCCAGCGCAAACUGUUUCAGCUGAAAACUCAAGUCACUCAGCAACGGCGCAGGAGAGAGACGGUAGUACCUACUCUGGCAAAGAUUGAGGAUCUAAGGGAGGGAAAUGUGUUCUGGAGCCCUGCUCAGCUGUCCAGCAUGACGACCAGUACUUUUAAAGAUGGCGUCUCUAUCUUGGGAGAGAUAUGUAACUAUACUAAAGAGCAACUGGCAGCGCUAAAAGACAAGGCUAUAGAGGCACUGGGUGAUUUAUCAAUGCUUAACGAAUCGAAGAUCGUGGAGAUGGGUUGUGUUUCUCAGGGUUUUAGUGCUAAACUACUUCAAAACCUUAGCAUCAACUCAUUGGAUACGCUAGAGUUUCUGUCCGUCUGCCCGUGGAACCAAACACAGAAGGAAGCAGUCUUGCGGGGAUUCCUCACAAGAACUGGAAUGAAAGUGAGUAAAUUCAGUGCACUCGAGAUGUCAGGCCUGGGCCAGUUUAUCUGCGGACUGCAGCCUAAUGAAACAGAGCAGCUCAAUGCUACAGAAUUCAAGGACGCAGUGGGGGAUAUAGGCCAUGUUUCCUGUCCUGUGAGUGUCUUGGAGAGUUUGAAGAAGAAAGCUGUGGCUGCAUUCGGUCACCCUAAAGGCUGGAGUGAAGCUGAAGUUUGCGUCAUGGGCAACAUAAUUGCUGGCCUAAAUGCCUCUGAGCUUGGAUAUCUAAACUCCUCAGUUCUGUCAUUCAUCCAUCAAUCUGCCAUCGCUCUGAUCCCUCCUGAUUGUCUGGCGGCACUGUCAGUGAGCCAGUUGAAGGCUUUGGGUCCUGACAACGCAGCAGCCGUAACAACGUCUCAGCGUUCUUCACUGUCAGUAGAUCAGCGAGCAGCCGUAGAUGAAGCAAUGGGCCUGGUGGCACAAAGCGCUGAAACCACAACCACAUUGCCACAGAAAGCAGGGGCACCAAAACUAGGCAUGUUGGGAAUUCUUCUCCUUCUGCAGCCCCUCGCAUUGCUACUGUUGGAAUACAUUCACUAAGAAGCUGGGAAUUUUUUUAUAUAUUCUAAAUACCUUAAGUUCCCAGAUAGAUGUGAGAGCUAAUGAAAUAACCUGCUAAUGUUAGCUUAGCGUAAAAUUUUUUAAGUUACUGCUGAAUGGUUUAUAGUCUGGGCAAGUUAAUUUAAGUUGUUAUAAAAUCAUGAGUGUAUGAGCAAUGAAUCCAUCUGACAAUUUGACGCUCAGGCUGGAGGAGUGCACCAUAAUGAUGAUGUGACAGUUUGAUAAAGAUUUGGUCCAGAUUUCAGCUAAAAUAC